AUGACUGGCCGUUCUCGUCAGAACUCGGCGGGCUCUCAGGGGCGUCGCCGCAGCUCUAGACUUAGCAAUCGGUCUCUAGCAUCCCUCAACUUCGACAACAUGCCGCCGUUGAACGGCGAGUGGAUCGCAGAAGAAGGCGGCCUUGACCCCUUUGGUGACCUGGACACUAGUUUCGGGUUCAUCAACGAAGGUACAAGUAUGGCCGAUGGUUCAGGACAGAACCCAGCUGAGGGUGUAAGUGGUGAUGGCUACGGAUGGUCUCAUCCCAUUGACAAUUUCAUUGAGCAACGCGAUUUCGCCCAGGUCUCCGAUGGACCGACGGCUAUUCCCAUGGAUUUCCCUGUAGACGGCCUCCAAAAUGUCUCUACGGGUGCCUACCCCCACAAUCCUCUGUUGGAAUUGGAUGACUCAUGGGGAUUCCUUCCUGAGAAUCCUGAGCUGGUUUCUCUACCCACAACGCAGGGUUACGAAGGUGCAGUGGCUCAGGAAGCCUCUCAGCAACUGACAAAUGCCUACCAGAACGAUGCUCAGACGGGCUACGGCUACGACCAGUAUCCGUCCCAACCGUAUUCCUAUCAGCCUCAAACCACGGUAGCAGUUCCCAGCACUCCCCAACCUUACUUCUAUCGGCCUCAGACGACGUCAGCGGCUCCCAACACCGGUGGGUUCGAAUAUCCGCCGCCAAAUGUCUCUGACGAACCGUACUACGUCAACCCUGACCUGACGUACACUGCAGCUCCGACUCAGGACCAGGACUCUCUGUUCUACCCAGAGGCAUCUACAUCUACUGACCGUCGUCGCGUUAGCGCUUCCUCUGCAGCAGAUCGUCGCAAGCGAAGCGACCUCUCGACUUACAGCCUGGCCAAUACCACAGAUACCGAGGAGCUUCAUGAACUUCGCAGGACACGCAAAGUGCGGAAGACUGGGCCGGCACAGCGUGUCCAGUACAAGCCCGAGAAGCCCAAACUCCGUGCUGACAAGCCAUGGGUACGAAAGAAUAACACGACCAAGGGCCUCACUUCACGUACAGGCAAGAUCAACAACUAUCGACCCAUCUACUACGAGAACCGCCCGCACCCGAUUGGCGGUCCCUGGAAGACGCCCAACGGGUACAAGUUCAAGUACACCAAGAACUGGGAAUUCUCCCAGGCCACCUACUCAGCGGCGCAGCUGAACGACUUCAUCUUCCAUUACCCGCGCGACAAGAAUAAGCAUUCCAAGCUGACCAUCUGGAUCCAGAAGUCAUCUACGGACAGCGCGGUUCGAUACGCGUCUGCAACGCACAAGAAGUGCCGUUUCAGGGACUGCCCCGCUAACCUGUAUGGCAAUGGCACAAUCACGGUCGGCCAGCCUCGUGUCGCAUUCGAUGAGCGCUGGCAUGAACAUGGAAUGAACGUCGACCCAUAUCUGGUAGCGGGCUACGCCCACUUGUACUGCAUGGAACGGUUCCUCGAUUUCGAGGCCAUCUGCAAACUCGGUAUUGUGAAGGUAGAUGAGCGGGUGUUCCGUAAAGAGCCGAACGGCCGUUUUGCAGCCACCCUCAAUGGCGAGGCGGAGGCGGACAUAGCUGUGGCGUUCAUCCAAGCGGCUAUGGAAGGUACACUUCGAACUGACAGGAAGUUGAAGCAGUUCAGGAACUAUCCGGUCCACUCGGAGUAUAGGCACGGUGAGCCCAAACCUCAUGACGAUACCUUGACCUUCUGGAUGAUGCAAGAACUUGACGAGGCUCGACCACCGUCUCAGGUGUUCACAUUCUGGGACCGGGGCCUUCGUGGGACGGUGGGCAUCGUGAACAAAGGCAACGUGGAACUGCAGUACUUCGACAAGAUCAAGAAGAAGAAUGCAGCACGCAAGGUCAAGGCCAUGGGCAAUAGGAAGAAGAAGGCUGCCGCAUCCCUGUGGGAUGACGACGAUGAGGAACUUGAACAGGCACAGGAGGAGGAACUCCGUGACAAGAUGGAGAAGGCGAUUGCCUACUGUUUCAAGAAGCUGAAGGACCAUCCCAAGUUCAAUCCGAACCCCGAGUGGAUGAACAAGGACCAGCCUGGCUCUGAAACAUCGAAAGGCAAGCGCAAGGCUUUCGAGACCGACGAAGACGACGAGGAGCCUGAUGAGCCUCAGCCUGGACCGCAAACAUCGAAGUGCAAGCGCAAGGUUUUCGAGAUCGACGAGGACGGCGAGGAGCCCGAUGAGCCUCAGCCUGAACCAAAAACGUCGAAGCGCAAGCGCAAGGUUUUCGAGAUCGAUGAUGACGACGAGGAGUCUGACGAGCCUCAGGAGUAUGGAAGCGAUGAUGAUGACGAUGACGACCACGAGCCUGGUCCAAAGGUUCGAGGCUCUCGUCAAAGCUCCCGUUUGAGAAAUAAGACUCGCAAGGUCAACUAUGCUAUCGCAUCACCUGCAGAGGUGCCGCAGAAUGUGGAAGAGCCAGCCCCCAAGCGCCAACGAUGUGAGCCUACACAGCAGGAGCUGUCAGCUCAGAACCCGCUCGUGCAGGACCCAGGGUAUUUUGACGACGUAUCCCAAUACGCGCCCUACUCCGACGGCCUUGGUGGCUUCCAACUCGACGCAAGCGAUCUAGAUUUCGGGUUGACCGAUGAACUUUCUCAGUAUCUUACGCGUCGCCGCUCCACGCUAUACGCCGCCCGUCAUCGCAGCCGCGGUGCAUCUGUCCUGAAGUCCGCGAUGAGCUCUCCUAAGAUUCCUGACCGUCGCAAAGUAUCCAUCGGUGGCGUGACUACCCAUCUGUUUGACACGAGUGCUUCGCCGCUCCACGCUAUACGCCGCCCGUCAUCGCAGCCGCGGUGCAUCUGUCCUGAAGUCCGCGAUGAGCUCUCCUAA